GUUGACAUUUCACAAUUCUCCGUAAACUGACAGAAACAUAAAAAAUUGAAAAUAAAUGAAAAGUGAUUUGGCAAAACAUAAAAUACGUAUGUAGGUUGUAAUUUUACAUCAGUCUACGAAUUUAUUUUCAUUAUUUAAAACAAAGAAAUAAUAUAGUCGGUAAAAUAAAAAAAAUUGGAAGUGUAUUUGAAUAGAUCAGAAUGGAGAAGGAUUGCGGAGAAGAUAUUGAAAAGCACGAGGACGAGAGCAAAAAUGUAACCGUAGAAGUGAAAGUUGAUAAUCAGGGUGACAUUGGCGUCAAUCAACAGGCUAUUGACAAAACUAAUAAAGAUGCUACGGAAUCCACGCGUUCGCUAGUGAUUUCGGAAGAUAUGGGUUCAAACGAGUACAAGGAUGAAUUGCGGCCGACGCUAGAGACAGUACUUGGGUCAAGCGAAACACAAACGGUUGUUACAGGCACUGUUAAAAAAGUUAAGAACAAAAACGCGACUUCAAAAACAAAGGAUGUUGGAAAUAUAACUUUUCGCGAAAAAAUUGCGAAUCUUCAUGAAAAAACCAAAAAUCUCCGUGAUAAAUUAGGACUUCAAAAGGAUUUGCUUCAAAAUCACGCUACUGCCGUUUUUGACUCACCAGUAACAUGUCAAGCAAAUGAUAUUUUGGCGGAACAUACAAUGAAAUUAUUACAAGCCCUAAAGACCGAUAACCUCGAGAACUCGGCCAGUACCAGUGCAGCAACACAAUCUGCUGUGAACAUUGCUGAAAAACCGCAAACAUCUAAGACUCAGCGUAAGCGCCUAUCCCGACGACAAUUACAGGAUCAAGUUGAGGGCUUGCAAGAGUUGGUCAAUCAGCUAACUAUUAAAAAUCCACAACUAAAAGAAUGCAUACAAAUACUAGCGCAAACAAAUCCCAAGCUUCAACAAGUAAAAAUCUUUGAUGAAAAUGUGUCUAUAAAAGCAUGUGGCUCUACUGUACGAGUAAAUAACAAUGUUCAACCACUGCCUUGGCUAAAGCAGAGGAAAGAAUCCGAGAUAUCCAAUGCCAGUUCGAAUACUUCACAAAAAGAUUUAAUUUAUGGUUCUCAAAGAGCCAAUCAAAAGCCUACACCAAGUAAGCAUAAGAACAAAACUGCGAAAGACUCUAAAAUAAAAGAAAGUGAACUGGAAUUGCUGAGAAAAUACCUAAAUAUGAUUGUGAGUGAGUACAUGGGCCCAGAGCAAAAAGAAAAGGCGGAAAAGUUAGAAUUUAAGGGUAACUUCGAAGACUUGGAAAUAUACGCUCAAAAGUUGGUGGAGGCUGGCAUAGGCCGUAUAGUGGAAGAAGAAAUACGUAUUAACCGUAGGAAUAAUCGACAAUCAUUUAUAACGAUGUCUACAGAUCGGGAAGGGGCCGAGCGUGAUGGCAUCGUAUUAUUGCCCGUAGCCAGGCGUUAUGCCUUCGAAGGCGACAUAGUACGAGCAUUUGUAAUGAACAGAGGGGCAAGCGUAACUUCGACAGCUUCAGCAGUCGCUAAUGCUACCAACAAUACAGAAGCAGGGAAGACAGAACUUGCAGAAUCUACUAUUACAGGUGGAAGCAAUAAUUUUUGUAAUGCUGACGAGGAUAUUACUGAAUCACCAGAUUCAGAUGACGGCGAUGACUUGGAUGUUUCAACUGCGGUAGUACCGGAUAAUUGCCCUAAAUCUUUCGUUAUCUCCAUAGUGAAACAAACAACGCUACGUGAGGUAGUAGGCUCCAUUUCAUUCAAAAAUUCCACCAAACUAAAUGAUGAAGUGAGUUAUUAUAAGCUGAAACCAUACGAUAUGCGAGUGCCUAUGGUUUACAUUCCAGUACUCACAUGUGUUUCACAUAUCACAACAGAAAACAAGGCUGAUAUUUGUGGAUUGCUUUAUUUAGCACAAAUUGUCGAAACUGACACAAAUGGUCAUUGUAUUGGUAAAUUAAUACAACCUGUUGGUAAAGUCGGCAACAUGGAAGCUGAACUGAAGGCCAUACUACUUCACAAUGGUUUGAGAAAUAUUAAACCAUUUGAAGAGCGAUUCAAUAAACUUUACGCACAAACAGAUCCGCCCAUACGUCCAAGCGAAUUGCAUAAUCGUGAAGAUUGGCGAAGAAAAUGCAUAUUUACAAUAGAUCCGUUAACGGCGCGUGAUCUAGAUGAUGCUGUUUCCGUGGAGAGUUUGGGCGACGACUUAUACGAAAUCGGUGUUCACAUCUCUGAUGUGGCGCACUACUUGGAAGAGGAUAGUGAAUUGGAUAAUAUAGUUAAGGAACGUGCUACAUCGAUAUAUUUGGUUAACGAAGUAAUACACAUGCUGCCUAAAACGUUAUGCUUUAAAUGCUCAUUACUGCCGGGUGAGGAUAAGCUUGCCUUCUCAGUUUUCUGGCAAUUGAAUAAAAGUGGUGAUAUUAUUGGACAACCACGAUUUUCUCGUACAGUUAUAAAUUCAUGUGUUCAGUUAGCUUAUGAACAUGCACAAAAAGUAAUUGACAAUCCAAAUGAAGAAUUUGGCGUUGACGAUUUUCCCAUUAUUUGUAAUGGUUUUACCGCAGCUGACAUAUGUCCUCGUAUUAAAAUAUUGAAUACAGUUGCUGAAGCAUUGCGUAAGAAACGCUUUGAGGGUGGGGCGCUGGCUAUUAAUAAUCCGAAAAUACGUUUUCAAUUGGAUCCCAAAACUGGCGAACCUUUGAGUUAUGAAUUGGAGAGCCGUUUAGAAGCAAAUUUUUUGAUUGAAGAAUUUAUGCUGUUGGCAAAUCAAUCGGUUGCACGCUUUAUAUACGAUCAGUUCCCUGAUAUUUCUAUAUUGCGUAACCAUGGUCCACCACUUUCAAAAUCAAUGAAAAACUUGCGUGAAAAAUUAACUAACUUGGGCAUGGACUUUGAUUGCUCAAGCUCCAAAACGGUAUAUGCCAGCAUGCAGAAAUUGUGUAGUGAGGCCAAAGAUCCUAGAGCAAUGGAGGCUUGUUUGAGCACACUGCUCACUAAGCCAAUGGCACGCGCCAAGUAUUUCUGCAGUGAAGGCAAAUCAGAAGAGGCCGAUCUUUGGCAUUAUGCGCUGUCUAUACCAAUAUAUACACAUUUUACAAGUCCAAUACGUCGCUACCCUGAUAUUCUUGUCCAUAGAGUACUUGCUGCUGCAUUAGACUAUUGCCCACCACCAAAACGCUCACCUGAUGAGUUGCAUAUGCUUGCCAAAAUCUGUAACGAUCAAAAGUAUAAUGCUAAAAAUGCUGGAGAUGAAUCCAUUAAUCUUUUCUUCAAACGUUACAUCAGAGAGAAACAAUCGAUUACGGUACAUGCGGUGGUAACAGAAAUUUUCCAGCAUCUAUUAAAUGUGGUCACCAUUGAAACUGGUCACACCAUAGCUAUUAAUUAUAAAAUGCAAAAAGUAUUAGUAGAUACGACAAAUGUCCCUGCUUAUGUGCUGAUAGCUGAACGUAAUUCUAAAUCUCCACCACUAAAAUUGCAAAUGUUCUCCACAGUCGAGGUGAAAUUGGUUAUUUGGGAAGAAAAGAUAUGUGGGUUUUUUGUUUCGCCCGAUCCUAAGCAACGUCAAUUGAACAGUAUUGAAUGGUCGAAGAAAAAACAACAACCUAGUGGCAGUACAAAUAAUUCCAUAACCGAAAGCAGUGGCGGACGCAAAAAUCGACGCUCCGGCGCCGAGACGCAGACGCAGACACAACAAUCAACAACUGCAGGCAGCACGAAAUCGAAGAAAAAUAAUUAGAAGGGAAAGUUAAUUAUUGUUCAGUGCGGAGAGCGCGGUGUAAUGGAGUAAUAAAAAUAUUUAAUAUAAAAUUGAACUAAGCAAGUUCCUGUUUA